CUUCCACCCAAACAGUGAAACACUGGCUGUCUCUCUCUCUCUCUCUCUCUCCUUCCUUUCCUUUCGCCACCAUACAGGGCGGCUUGUGUUGCUUAGUCUCUUCAAUGGUGUAUACCCCUUCUGAUUCUCCUUACUACGACGUUGCCUUAGUUUCCUCGUUCGCAGAACCCUGGUUCACUCUCAGGGUUAACUAGGGUUUUGCUCUUUGGGGUUACUCUUUGAACUCGCGCUCUACACUGAAAAGUCCACUGCAAAAUCAAGCGAUUUUAGUUCGGAAGCAACGCCACAAUGGUUGAGAAAGCGAAGAAGCACAAAAAGGGCACGAUCAGUGAAGGAGAUGUCUCAACUCUGCUCCAAAGGUAUUCGGCUACAACGGUGCUGUCAUUACUGCAAGAAGUUGCUCAGGUUCCAGAGGUAAAAAUUGAUUGGAACGCAUUGGUGAAGAAGACUGCAACUGGGAUUUCAAAUGCCCGGGAGUACCAGAUGCUGUGGCGACAUUUGGCUUAUCGUGAUUCAAUGGUCGAUAGAUUAGAUGAUGAGUCUGAACCGCUGGAUGAUGAUAGUGAUCUAGAUUAUGAGUUGGAGGCUAUUCCCCCUGUCAGUAGUGAAGCUUCAACUGAAGCCACAGCAUGCGCAAAGGUACUGAUUUCUUCGGGUUCACAAAGCGAUACCAGCCUUCCAAAUGGGUUAACAGUUGAGGCUCCAUUAACUAUAAAUAUACCUAAUGGUGAGCCAUUCAGGGCUCCUUCAGAAAAUUCACAACUGCAAGGGACAAACAUUACAAUUCCAGUUACUGUUCAGAAACAACCACUGCCGACAGUGACUUCUUCUGAAGGAUUGGAUGCAAAUGGACUAGCAAGUGGCAACCUACCUCCUCGAAGGAAAAGAAAACCAUGGUCUGCAGCAGAGGACCUGGAAUUGAUUGCUGCUGUGAAGAAAUGUGGUGAAGGGAAUUGGGCAAAUAUCUUGAAAGGAGAUUUCAAGGGUGAUAGGACUGCUUCACAGCUUUCUCAGAGGUGGGCCAUUAUUAGAAAGCGGCAAGGAAACUCGAAUAUUAGUAGUGGCUCACAACUUUCAGAGGCUCAGCUGGCUGCUCGCAGAGCUGUUUCCAUGGCCCUCAACAUGCCAAUGGUAGACAACCUGACAGCAGCUUGUUCAAAUGCCGGAACCAAUCCUAACACCAUGCCUGGUAACACAGCAAGCCCUGCUGCUACAGAAGCUUCAGUUGGGGUGCAAUCCCAACAACAAUCCCGACAAGAUUGUGCUCCUUUAUCAAAACCUCGGGUACCAGCGAAAAAGCCUUCAAUAAUAAAGCCUGUCUUGAGCCCUGAUGCUAUGGUCAAAGCUGCUGCUGUUGCUGCUGGGGCCCGCAUUGCCACCCCAUCUGAUGCGGCAUCACUGCUUAAAGCUGCACAGUCCAAGAAUGCUGUACAUAUCAUGCCUGGAGGGAGUUCUUUAGUCAAAUCAUCUGUGGGAGGCAAUGCAAGCGCCUUGCCUCCUAAUGUUCAUUUUAUUCGUACUGGCCUGGCACCUGUACAACAUUCUGCCUAUCCUGCUGCUGCCACCAAUGCCUCGCGGUCUGGUGGAACUCUGCAAGCACAGAACAAUUCUCCAAAACCUGGAGCACCUGCAGCUCAGCUUCAUUCAACAAGGACUGCUGCAGAAUCAAACCCAUCAGCUGUAGCGACGAAUGUCAUUGCUUCUAGCCCUGCGAGUGACCUCAAGGCUGAUGACAUUAUUAAUUCUGUCCCCAGCAAUCCACCUAAAGAGCAAAUCCAGGAAAAUCAAGUUACUAUCCCAGGGAGAGAGCAAGUCCAAGAAACUGGAGCUGCUGCAUUAGGAAAUGCAUUAGAGGAGAAAGUACAGAAUGACCAAGUUUCUGUUUCUAGCUCUCCACCCAAAGAGCAGAGUCAAGAUCAAGCUUCUGCUCUCAGCAAUGCACCAAAUGAGCAAGUCCAAGAAGAUCAAACUGCUUUACCCAGCUCAGAUGGCCAAAACGAUUUUGUUGAGAAUCUCAAGUGUUCCUCAAGUCCAGAUAACCCGGCAGAUUGUCAAACAGUUACUACCAGUACAAAGGCUGUUACUGGAAGUGGAAGUGGAAGUGAAAAGGGAGAUGAUGAGAUGUUGAUAUGCACUGCCUUGGAGCAAGGAAGCGAAAACCAGUCUAUGGUGGAAGUAGUUCCUGAGAGUCAGAUCUUGGAUGUGAAACAAACAGAUUUGGCAGGCACUGGAAGAGAUGGAAGUGAUGAAAAUAUGGAAGUUGCCGACUGAAUCAAUAACUAAAGCUGAGACUGGGGACAAGGGGAAGGAUGGCUAGGUUGGAGUGAAUUGUGUGUUAUAAGUUGACUAUUUCCUCUAGAUUUAGGGCUGUUUUCUUUUUAGUGGUGUAAUAUAACUACUUUGCCCAUCACAAGGUCCAAGUGUCUUUGCUUGGGAUGCUCGUGUUAUAACUUAAGAAACAAGCUAUUAUUAUUGGAUGAUCAUAAAAUGUGGAGAAAAACAGAGAAUGGAUCGAGUUUACCAUCAUUAAUGCAAUGAGGUUACUUUUGGA